AUGGGGAGUUCUGGGAUCAACAGCUCCCAGCACCCAGAGCGCAAUCCCUGGCUCUUCCCGCCCCCUGGCCAAGACCAAGCCAGCGGCCCCCCCUGGCAGCCAGUCUGGGGCUGCGCCUUCACCAAAGAUCCCCAUUGCCAUACCAGCCAAGAGAGGCCCCCGCCGACCCCCACUUCCCCCAAGGAGAAGCUGAAAGCCAAGAGUCCCUCGCGGCCUGGGGGCAACAUCCUGGCAGCCUCUGCUCUGAAGAAGCCACCCGGGGUGAAGACCCCCCGGAAAGAGACUGGGAAGAAGCCAGCGCCAGGGGAGGCAGGAACCCGGGGCGCCAAGACCCAGACUCCAGGGGACAUUGGGGAGACUGGGAACACUGGUCUGGAGCAGGACAUGCCUGGCACCCAGGGCAGGGGUAGGGACUCGUCUGUGCCCCUUGGCCCAGAGCCCCCAGCAGACACCCAGACCCAACCCAGCCCUGCCCCAACCCAGACAUUGCCCCCUGUGAGAGAGGAUGGUAUGGAGGAGGACAAGAUGCCAAGGGCACCAGCCCCUGCUGACCAGGAGCCAGAUGGACCUACAGAGCCUCUCUUGACAUCUCUGGGCUCACAGACUGGAGCAGGCAGCAGUGGGGAGACUGGAAGCACUUGUUUGGAGCAGGCCAUCUCCCCCACCCUCCUUGGGGACCUGCAGCAUGAUGCCAGGAUGGAUGGUCUCCAGGAGACUCCGAGCCCCUCAGAGCACCCCACCACUGCCCCCCAGAUUCCUGUCGCUGCCCCUCUCCAGCCAGGAGCUCCAGCAGGGGGUACUGCUGGUCCUGUGGCAGCUCCCCCUAAACCACAGAUGCUGCCAUUGGGCCUCCCCAGAUCUCCUGGGAAGGGCUCAUCGUCCUCGCCAUCCAGCACCCUGAGUGGGCCUGAGUUGGCAGGGCAGAGCAGCAGCGAAACCAGCACUCCUGAGGAGCUGCGAGCCUAUGACAGCAGCUCGGGCGUGGAGUCCAAGUCGGAUGAACGGCCCCUGGCCCCCAGCCCUGGCCCUGGUGAGCCUGACCUGAGCAUCCGGCGACUGCCCGGCAGCCGUGGAGACCUACUGAAGAUGUCCCCUGAGGACUCCGAGGGGCUGGGCUCUGGUGAGGCUGGCACUGAGACCCCCUCUUCCACCCCCUCACCACCCCUGGCCCCCCCUGCCGGCGCUCCUAUACACUGGUGCUGUCCCCACAAAAUAGAGGAGGAGGAGACUGAAGUCCCUGGCUUCGGCACUGGCCCCCGGAGUCUGCCUACAGGUGGGAUCGGGCCGCGCUGGGCGCCCUGCGCCCCUGACUUCCUCUCCACCAUCUACGAAGCAGAGGGGGGUGCUGAGAGCCCAGGGCUGGAAGACAUGAAUGAGAAGACACCCCUUGCACUGGGCAGCCUCCAAGCAGCCGUGAUGCAGCAGCUACUGAGCCGGAGCCUGGGGCUGGGACAGGGGCCGGGUGGGGGCCAGCGGGGGGCCCCACAAGCAGAGCUGGGCCGCUGGAGUGAGCUGCUGUCGCCUCUGGACGAGUCCCGUGCCAGCAUCACCUCAGUCACCAGCUUCUCCCCUGAGGAUGCUGCCUCCCCCCAGGGUGACUGGACUGUGGUGGAGGUAGAGACCUUCCACUAAUCCCACUGCACCCACCAAGCAGACCCCAUGGCCUCCUCGCACUCUAUAGACUGGAGCUUUCCAAACUUUUCAUGUUGGUGACACACUUUUUAGACAUGCAUCAUUUCGCGACACAGUAAUUCAGUUCCGGGGGAGGGGCCAAGGGAA